AUGGACAAAAGCCCAAAACCAACUGUUGAGGAGACUGUAGAAGUGACGAAAACAAGUGAACAGACGUCUCCCGAAACAGCUACGCCAGAGGAGAAAUUACCAACUCCUCCGCCUUCACCAGUAGAAGGGGUGGAGGAACCGUUUAAGGUGAAGAAGCUCACUGAAACGACGGACAAAGAAGCCGGAGACUCUCUAAAAGUUAAAGAUGUGAGUUUUUUUGAGUUUUUGAGCUUUUUAGCAAUUUUCCUUGAACGCGGAAAGCGCGCAAUUUCCAAGAAACUUGUCCAUUUCCAUACUGGCUGAUA